CUCUUCAAUGAUUUGUUCAAGAAUAAUGCAAACCGGGCUGAGAACACAGAAAGACGACAAAAUCAGAACUACUUCAUGGAAAUGAUGACUGUAGAAGGGGUCUAUGACUAUUUAAUGUAUAUUGGUAGGGUAGUUUUCCGCAUUCCUGACUGGCUGCAUCAUCUCUUGAUGGGGGGAAGAAUUCUCUUCAAAAAUACAUUGGAACUGUACACAGACUAUUACUUGCAUUGUAAGUUAGAACAGCUAUUUGAGGAGCACCGGUUGGUUUCUCUGAUAACACUGCUGAGAGAUGCCGUGUUCUGUGAGAAUACUGAACCUCGCUCCCUGCAGGAUAAACAGAAGCGAGCAAAGCAGACUUUUGAAGAAAUGAUGAGAUACAUUCCAGAUUUAAUAGGCAAGUGCAUUGGGGAAGAGGCUAAAUAUGAAGGCAUCAGGCUUCUGUUUGAUGGAAUGCAGCAACCAGUGCUCAACAAACAGUUAACUUAUGUUCUGCUGGACAUUGGGAUUCAAGAACUCUUUCCAGAGCUGAGUAAGGGUCCGAAGGAAGGCAGCUCUGUGUCUUGUUGGAUGUGAAUAGAGGGACCUUGCUGGACAUCCAGUAGAAACAUCUGCUGUGCACUAUUGUAAUGGACGUGUGAUGUUUUAACUGUGCAUUGUAUAUUUUCUUGUAAAUAACCUAAAAUUUAAGUUCUAAAAAGAUCUCUAUGCAAUAAAGACAUUAAAAUUUAAUACCAAUUACA